ACCAGAGAAGUAAACGUAUAUCGAAGUGUACGGUAUGUACACAUUCUUAUUGGUUUUAUUAAGUAAAUAGUGUAAUCAGAUAAGAGGAAAGCUAUAAUAAAAUGAUUAAAAAUCUGUGGUGACGCCCCAAUAAAAAUGCAAAAAUACUACUACAACAUGAACUUCACAAUCGAACCAAAACUAGAAGAUAAUGCACAAACUAAAUGUUUAGAUGAUGGUACAAAUCGAUGGACAAUAACAGAACAUAGCGAACUUCUCACCAAGAAUAUACAGGAAUCAAAAACUUUGAACCAAAGCAUCGAUCAGCGCUUCAUUUGUCAGGAAUGUGGUAUUGAGUUUGCACUGCAAAUAGUGUUGGACCAACAUCUUAGAACUCAUGCCGGAAUCACUACAGAAAUCAGAAGGUUACGAUAUACGAUCACCAACUAACUAUAAAUGCGACAGCUGUGGCAAACACUUUUCAACUAAAGGCUCCCUUAAACUGCACAAACGAAUUCAUACUGGCGAACGACCGUACAAGUGUGAUAUAUGUGGCAAAACAUUCGUCUUAGCUGGAAAUCUUGCGCAGCAUAGGCAAAGGCAUACCGCUGAAAGGACUCACAUAUGUGACAUUUGUGGAAAAGCAUUUUACAGAAGUACUGAACUGGCACACCACAAAUUUUCUCACAAUAACGUAAAACGACCAAAAUGUGAUAUUUGUGGUAGACAAUUUAUUAGUUUAGAGAAAGUAGAUCAACAUAGGCUGAUACAUGCUCGGGAACAACCUACCAGUUGCGAUAUUUGUGAUAAGCAAUUUUUGACCAAGUCAAAUUUGGUGCGACAUAUGCGUAUCCAUAACCGAGAAAAGCGAUUUGCAUGCACGUCCUGUGGUAAACUAUUCUACGCUCAUAACGACUUGAUUCAUCACGAGAGGACCCAUACUGGCGAACGCCCGUUCAAGUGCGAUUUCUGUGAAAAAGAUUUCGCUAGAAAUCACGAUCUUUCCCGUCAUCGGCGCAUCCACACAGGUGAGAAGCCACACCGAUGCGAUAUAUGUGGCAAAGAGUUCACCACGCUUGGUAAUAUGACAGAACACAGACGAAGACAUACGGGUGAGAGACCGUACAAGUGUGACGUGUGUGGUAAAGCAUUUUUCAACUCUAAUGCUCUCGCAGUACAUACGAAAAUUCACACCGGCCAACGCCAACGGUACAGAUGUAAAAGCUGUGACAUAGAAUUUGAAUCCGCAGGAGACGCGGCCAUACACCGGCGAAAACAUGCCGAUUACAGACCACAUCAGUGUGAUAUUUGCGGGAAAUGUUUCGUUCGAAACAGUCAUCUAGUAGAGCAUAUGGUUCUUCACUACGGUGAACGAACUCAUCGGUGUGAAAUAUGCAAUAAAGAAUUCUUUGGCAAAUAUAAUCUAGACAGCCACAUGCGAAUCCACACUGGCAAACGGAGUCACAAAUGUGACACAUGCGACAAGGAGUUUUUUCGGCGUUCGGAACUCGAAGGGCAUAUCCGAACGCAUACCGGCGAACGUCCAUACGCGUGUGAAGUGUGUGGAAAAACUUUUACCGGGAUCGGCAAUCUACGGCACCAUAAGCGAACACAUGUCCAGUUAGAUAGUCAGGAUGUUACACUUCCGAAAGUGGAAUUUGAGACCAUAAUUAGUACGGAAACUAUAUUGUGAAUAGGGUAGAUAGUAUAAUGUAGUACCAAUAAUAAUGGCCAUUUAGAGUUUUUAAACCA